AUGACAGAAACCAUUGUGACCCUUGUCAUCAAUGAGUUGGUUCAGUUGAUCGCUCAUGAAUCAAAAUUGCUAAGGGGUGUCCACCGAGAUGUUGUGGACAUUAGAGAUGAACUUGAGAGCAUCCAGUGUUUCCUCAAAGAUGAAGAUAAAGGAGACCUCCAAGAUAGCGUAAAAAUAUGGGUGAAACAAGUGAGAGAAGUAGCCUAUCAUAUAGAAGAUGUAAUAGAUGAAUAUGUUCUUCACAUGGCACAACAUCGUCAUCAGCAAAGUCUUAUUGGUUUCCUCUAUAAAAUUGGCCACAUAUUCAAAAAACUAAAACCAUGUCAUGACAUAGCUACCAAGAUUCACAAUAUUAAAAUAUCAGUCCAUGAAAUCAAAGAAAGAAGUGAAAGAUAUGGUUUUCGUUUCGUAGAGCAUGGAUCAAGUAGCCGUGAAUCCAAUGUUACAUGGCAUGACCCUAGAGUGGGGUCACUUUUCAUUGAGGAAGAUGAAGUUGUGGGGAUUGAGUCUACGAGGGAUGAACUCAUAAGCUGGUUGGUGGGGGAAGCAUCUAAACGCUUUGUGAUGUCAGUGGUAGGCAUGGGCGGAAUUGGCAAAACAACUCUUGCUAAGAAAGUAUACGAGAAUGAAUCAGUGAAAGGACAUUUUGACUAUCGUGUUUGGAUCACUGUGUCUCAAUCAUACAAUGUGCAGAAGAUACUCAUGUCCAUGAUAGAGAAAACCUACCACAAAAAUACAAUAGCUCCAAGGCAAAUAGACAUAAUAGACGAGAUCACACUAAUUAGCCAGCUGAGGAAAUGUUUACAACAAAAGAGGUAUGUUGUGGUUUUUGAUGAUGUCUGGAAGACAGAGUUUUGGGAAAUUGUGAAACAUGCCUUACCAUGCAAUGACAGAGGAAGCAGGAUUAUUAUCACGACACGCAGUGAUCUCAUUGGUCUAUCUUGUAAAGAAUCUUUAUCCGAUCAGGUCCACAAGCUACAACCUCUGUCUCAGGACAUGGCUUGGGAAUUGUUUUGUAGAAAGGCGUUCCAUUCCGAGUUUCAAAGGUGUUGUCCCAAAGAGUUGGUGAAACUAUCGAUGGACAUUGUCAAAAAAUGUGAAGGCCUGGCACUUCCAAUUGUUGCCAUAGGUGGUCUUCUCUCAACAAAGGAAAAGGUGCCAUUUGAAUGGAAAAGGUUGCAUGAUAGCCUCAGUUCUGAGCUAGAAUGUAAUCCCCACCUUACAAGUAUUACAAAAAUUCUCUCUCUUAGUUAUCAUGAUCUUCCGUGCUACCUAAAGCCUUGCUACUUGUACUUCGGCAUUUUUCCAAAGAACUACUCAAUAACGGGUGAAAGAUUACUUUGGCUAUGGGUAGCUGAGGGCUUUAUAAAAGAAAAAAAGGGAACACCAUUGGAAGAGGUAGCAAAAGAAUACUUAAUGGAGCUCAUCCAAAGAAACUUGGUUCAAGUUUCAUUUGGGGAACUUGAUCAUGAGAUAUUCAAAAAAUACAGAAUUCAUGAUCUGCUGCAUGAAACCAUAUUAUCGAAGGCUAGAGAGUUGAAUUUCUCUCAAGUUCUGGAAGCACUCGACACCACUUUCCAUGGAAAAAGUCGUUGCCUAUCAAUCCACAAUGCCAGAGAAGAUGUUUUUGAGACAAGUGAGUACUCUCGGGUUCGUUCUGUUUUUCUCUUCAACAUUAAUGAAAUGCCGAGGUCUUUCAUUGCUAAAUUGUUUAAAAAGUUCAAGCUUUUGAAAGUGUUAGAUUUUGAAGAUGCUCCUAUUGAUUAUCUUCCUCAAGAAGUGGGCAACUUAUUCCAUUUGAAGUUCUUAAGUUUGUGUAGAACAAAAGUGAAGAUACUUCCAAAGUCAGUGGGUAGGCUACAAAACCUACAGACACUAAAUGUCGCCGAAACCGCAGUGCAUGAGCUACCAAUUGAGAUAUUCAGGCUUGAUAAGCUAAGACAUAUUUUGGCUCAUUCUCAUGACUUUGAAAUUAAAAGUACCUUUCAUUCAGCACGAGGAGUAAAAGUACAUGAAAGGGUUGGAUGUUUAAAGGACUUGCAGACACUAACAAUGAUUGAUGCAAAUCAUCAUGGGGUUGUUUUAUUUGAAGAGCUCAAUAAGUUGAGUCAGUUGAAGAUGUUAUCUAUUUCAAAUAUGACUGCAGAACGUAGGAGGGCUCUUUGUACCUCCAUUCAAUGUAUGGUACACCUUAGAUUUUUGGCUGUUGGCUCAAUUAAGGAAGAUGAGAUUAUAGACUUACAAUCAAUUUCAUCUCCACCUCCAUUUCUAGAGCAUAUCUCUCUAUGGGGUCGAUUGGAGAAGUUGCCCAACUGGAUUUCAGAGCUUCAGAAUCUGGUUACACUAAUCAUACGUUUCUCAUCGUUAGAGGUAGAUCCACUACCAUGUGUCCAGGCUUUGCCUAAGCUAACUACUCUUUGCCUUAAUCAUUUGUAUAAUGGAGAGCAGUUGCAUUUUGAGGAAGGCGGUUUUCGAAAACUGAAGAGGCUCACACUCAGAGAGUUGAAAACAUUAAAGAUGGUGGAAAUAGACAGAGGAUCAUUGCCCAGUCUUGAGCAACUAGAUAUUGGGCCAUGCCCGCGAAUGAAAGAGGUACCCGCUGGAAUCCAUGACCUAAAAAGUCUAAAGAUUCUUGACUUCUAUGAAAUGCAUAAGGAAUUUGUGCUACGUAUGCAGCCAGAUGGAGGCGACGAUUAUUGGAAAGUUAAGAAGGUAACUACUAUCCGUCUCAUGUAUAGGAUUAAAGGAGAACGAUAUCAAAUAUACCAACUCGGUGACUCAAACUUAUUGGAGCGUCUGCAAAGAACCAUUAGGUCUCCACAGCGUUUUUCACCCUCCCUAUUUCAUAUUUUGUUAACGGAUGGCGGUGAGCCAGAGACGUUUGUUGAAGCCUUGAAGGUUGAAGAUUCAAUCAAGUGGGAGUUAGCCAUGAAGGAUGAGAUGGACUCAUUAUUGACUAACCAGACCUGGGAGCUGACUGAGUUGCCAGCAGGUAAAAAGGCUUUGCACAACAAAUGGGUGUUUAGAAUAAAGGGUGAACAUGAUGGUAGCAAACGCUACAAGGCAAGAUUGGUAGUCAAAGGAUUCCAGCAGAAAGAAGGAAUUGACUACACAGACAUAUUCUCUCCGGUGGUGAAGAUGACAACCAUCAGAAUUGUGCUGAGUAUUGUGGCGGCGGAGGACUUACAUCUAGAGCAGUUUGAUGUGAAGACGACCUUCCUUCAUGGUGAGUUGGAGGAAGAAAUUUAUAUGCAGCAACCACAGGGAUUCACAGUGCAGGGGAAUGGGAGUUUAGUGUGCAAACUGAGGAAAAACUUGUAUGGGCUGAAACAAGCUCCAAGACAAUGGUAUAAGAAGUUUGAUAGUUUCAUGUGUAGUACUGGGUUCACGAGAUGCAAUGCAGAUCAUUGCUGCUAUGUCAAGAGUCUUAAGAACUCUUACAUUAUUCUACUUCUGUACGUAGAUGAUAUGCUCAUUGUAGGGGUCAGUAUGGAAGACAUCAACAAGUUGAAGAAUUAG